GCUAAACUUUGAAACCAAAAUCAUUCAAAACUAUAGCGAAAACGUCAUACUCGUGUUACACUAUGUAUUUUCUAUGUAGCUUAUUGUAAACGGUGGCAGACGCUAGUAGAGAUUUGAUGCAACAAGAGCAAUCAAAACGGUAGGGGAGUACCCGAAGGCUACGUCAAAGUUGGACUUUUAGGACGGUGCAACGGCUCUGGUUGGGUGCAGUGUUUUUUGUCAAUAAACAGGCUGUUCGGCCUUUAAAAUUAUAUAGACACAAAAUUAUUUGCACCAAAACUGCAAAAGCCAGCUAUGUACUGUCGUCAGAUUUUGCGGACACCAUUGUUCGGGACGAGAGCGGCUAAGCUCAGCCGUUUUCCCCAUGUUUGUCGAAGCGAGGUAUCUGCUAUCAAAAUAAACCGUCCUGUUGUCAUUCUUGUCAACAUAUUCCUUUCGUUAGCUGCUGCAGAGCAUGUUGACAAUACCUGUCCUACUGGUGGUGGCUGUGGUGAACCUGCAGUGCCCCACCACCACCAAGAGAGACCCCUGUGCACCAAAAGUGACGAGGUGAGGCUGGCAGAGGAGGCCAGCAAGAAGUACGGCUCCCCAGCUCCAACCAUCUUCUCCAAAGUGAUCGACAAAAGCAUCCCUGCAGAUAUCAUUUAUGAGGAUGAAAAGUGUUUGGCAUUCAGGGAUAUCAGUCCACAGGCGCCUGUUCACUUCCUGGUUAUUCCAAGGAUUCCUAUUCCCAGAAUAAGUGAGGCCAAAGAUGAUGAUGCUGAGCUCUUAGGACAUUUAUUGGUUGUUGCCAAAAAUGUGGCAAAGCAAGAAUCUCUGACUGAAGGGUACAGAGUGGUGAUCAACGACGGGAAGCACGGUGCUCAGUCCGUCUACCACCUUCACAUCCACGUCCUGGGAGGAAGACAGAUGAAAUGGCCACCAGGAUAAGGGCUUCACAUUUACUGUGGUGUCUCAGUUUAAUCCAAUAAUAAUGGCAUAAUACCUGUUUAUACACAAAGCUGAUGUCAAUGUAAAUAUGUUGGAAAAAAUGUGUGAAAAGGAAAAGUCGUUGAUGUUGAUGUUUGAUAUGGCUGCAAAUAAAGACACAUUCUGUUAUGGAACAAUAAA